ACAGAUCAAGCACCGGAUGUUGUGGCUGGGUUUUGAUGUGAGAGAUAACAGGAGUGUUAUUAUGGAUUAUGGACUCAUAUUUUAGAUCUUAAUGCUGGAUUUGUUUCAGCUUUUGUCUUCUCCAGAUGUUAACUGAUGGACUGGAGUGCUGUGGAUUACUGUGAUGUUUUUAUCAGACUCUUAAUUCUCAUGGCACCCAUUCACAUCCAUUGGUGAGCAAGUGUUGCAAUGCUACAUUUCUCCAAAUCUGAUGAAGAAACGAACUCAUCUACAUCUCAGAUGGGCCGAGGGUGAGCAGAUUUCCCUCAAAUGUUCAUUUCUGGCUGAACUACUCCUUUAGAUCAGCUACAUAUUUGACCAAACACAGCAUCUCUGUUGUGAUCAGCGUCCCCUCCGACAGCUCUAUAGACAGAUGGUCUCCAGGUUCACUUCAGGUGUUCGUCCGGCUCUCUAGUGUCACCCAUAAGAUCUCUAGCUCAACCGGUUUUGGGUUUCCACUAUAAGCAGGGCCAGAAGCCGCUCACCUGUGCAGCGUUGCCUGGCUACACUCAUCUUUAAUUUAACACGGCAGGCCCGAGUACAGACGGCCGCUUACGCCUCGCUCUUCACCAUGCAGGAGUCCGAGAAGACGAUGUGCGACCCAGAGCCCCUGGAGAACGCAGAGGCCAUGAGUCCAGACACGCAGGACUCUAAAGGACCGGCGGGGGACGAGGAGAACCUGGGACCCGUCCCGUCGGCACCGCCGCUUCCCCAGGAGCAUACUCCGUGUCCGAGGCCCAAACUGGUGUUUCACACACAGCUCGCACACGGGAGCCCCACGGGACGCAUUCACGGCUUCACCAACGUCAAGGAGCUUUACGCCAAGAUCGCAGAGGUCUUCAACAUCUCCGCUUCUGAGAUCCUCUUCUGCACGCUGAACUCGCACAAAGUGGACAUGCAGAAGCUGCUGGGCGGUCAGAUCGGUCUGGAGGACUUCAUCUUCGCGCACGUGCGGGGAGAAACCAAAGAGGUGGAGGUCGUCAAAACCGAGGACGCGCUCGGCCUGACCAUCACCGACAACGGCGCGGGAUUCGCCUUCAUCAAAAGGAUAAAGGAAGGCAGCACCAUCGACCGACUAAAGACGGUGUGUGUCGGCGAUCACAUCGAGGCCGUUAAUGACCAGAGCAUUGUGGGAUGUCGGCAUUAUGAAGUGGCGAAGAUGCUGAAGGAGCAGCUGAGAGGAACACCGUUCACCCUGCGUCUGGUCGAGCCCAAGAAAGCCUUCGAUAUGAUUGGCCAGAGGACGCGAGCACCAAAGUCCAGCGAGGGAAAAAUGGUGAGCGGGAAAGAGACGCUGCGGCUGCGCUCCAAAGGAUCGGCUACGGUGGAGGAAAUCCCCAAUGAGUUCGAAGACAAGGCCAUCGAGAAGGUCGACGACCUGUUGGAGAGCUACAUGGGGAUUCGUGACCCCGAGCUCGCGACUACCAUCGUGGAGGCCGGGAAGAACAAGAAGAGCCCAGAUGAUUUCGCAGAGGCGCUCGACUCUGUUCUGGGUGACUUCGGCUUUCCUGACGUCUUUUUAAUUGAUGUUUGGGAAGCUUUGGGAGACGUGAAGAAUGGACGCAUUUAGAGAGAACGUAAGACAUCUGAGAGAAAUUCAGCUUGAUUUGUGACAUCUGUCAUCUGUUUUCAUAUACACAAUCCUCCCAGUUCCCACGCUAAUCCUGAAGACCGGAGAACGUCAAGGUAUUAGCGGCUAAUCAGCACGCUAACGCAAACAUUCAAGUCUGUAGAGUAGUAUAAAGUAGGUCAAAUUGUAUUUCCCACCAAUGUAUAUAGCUAACAAGGGUGUAAAGUGUUUAACAUUUAUUAAUUUGACUUUUGGAAGUAUUAUGAUCAAAUGUACGUUAGCUUAGCUUAGCCUAGCUUCUGUUUGUUUUGCCGUCUGUUGUGUUAUUUAUAAAUACAUCGUGUUACAGGUGAAAUGAAUGAUCUUUUACGAUUAAUGACAGAUCAUGUGACACGAUUAGCUUGUGUAUAUAAAAUAAUCAAAUAUUUAAUCAAUUCUAUGCAGACAUUCAAUGUGUAUUUGACUUGAAAAUGUACUACAAAAAUGUACGUACCUGUUGUAGACGACUGAUAUUUGAAUGUGUGUAAAGAUUAAAAAUAUACCACAAAUGGA